AUGAGGCCAAGCAUGAAGGUUAUUUCGUAUUUCGUCGGUCAAAUUCAAAAAUGCACUGCCCGAAUUUUGGCCGUUUGGUUCACAUACAUUGAAGCAAUAUUCGCUACAAGAAAAUUAACCUCGGAUAAAAGCAAAUACAAUAUCUUAGCGUUUUCGAUCUCGCCGGAACUUGCAACUGAAGUACGUGAUAUUUUGCUGAAUCCUCCUGAACAAAAUACAUCCGGUACAUUGAAGAAAGUGAUUAUUAAACGAACGACUUUAUCUGAUCAAUCCAGAAUUCAAAAACUUCUACGUAUUGAAGAACUAGGUGAAGAAAAGCCGUCCCAUUUACUCAGAAAAAUACAACAACUUCUAGGCGAAAAAGCAACAACAGAUAAAUCAGUUAUAAAAGAAUUAUUUCUUCAGAAAUUACCCUCCAAUGUCAAAACUGUCCUUGCCGCAAUGGAUGAUUCUUCCAAUUUAGAAUUACAAGCUGAAAUUGCAGAUAGGGUUAUGGAAGUAAAUUUAGAUAUUCAGGUUGCUUCUACGCACCAGCAAAAAAAUGAAAUGGAUACCUUCUUUCAACAUCCCUGUCAAUGCCAAAAAAAUAACCUUGCAUUGUCAAAAGACAUUAAAGAAAUUCUAAAAUCAUUAAACAUUUUUUCAAGAACUUAUCAAACUAGACGUACAUCGAUUCCAAAAUUUCAAAGUAGCAGAUCACCAACACCGCCUUCAUCGCGUUUUGGAAAAAAAGCUGCAAAGAUGCAAUUCACCUUGCUCAUCGUCGGAAAACUUAAGAACCUGCACUUAGUUGCGGCUGCUUCUGCUGGUAAUUUAAAAACAGGUCGUUUAAUAUUUAUUCGGGAUGAAUACUCAGGCAUCAAAUACUUGAUCGAUACAGUCAAGGUGCCCACAUCGGAGAGUAAAUUUGAAGUUGUCAAGCACUUCAAAACCAACAAUACAAUUGGGUCCAUAGUUAAAGUUGCAGAUUUGGAUUUGAAACAUAAAAUCUUAAUGGCUAAGGCUCAAAAGGGAAGGGUUACCAGAACCACUGUCGGCUUAGAUGAAUCUGAAGAUGUGAUCUAUGUGCCAGAAGAACUCACAAAGGAAACCUUGAAUUUUUUUAAGGAAUGUAAACGUCUCAGGAGUGAAGCAAACUACAAAUACAUUUGGCAGAAAAAUGGGAAGGUCGUGGCACGCAAGGCUGACGGAGAUGACCAUAUUGUAAUCUCCGACGAACAUCACCUAAGGGAACUUUUGGGUUAG